GACAAUCAGGACUCGACGGGCUCUGCUGAGGUAGAGAUCGCGGCGUAGAGGUGGUUCUGGCGACCCGUAGAUAUGGAGCCUCUGGAAGAAUACAGCUCUCCUUUUGAUUUUGAACAAGGAGUCAAUUCCAGUUACCUCUUCCUCUCCCCAGCUUACAGCGACACGCCGCCCAGUUCGCCAGCUGUCAGAUCCAGAGGUUUCCAGGAGCAACCAGACUCUGUAGCAGAGAUGGGAGAGGAUGCAGUGACAUCUGUUGGUCCAGCUCCUCUUCCGCCCACAUUGACGGAGGAAGAGCGUCAGGAACUGCAGGAGGAGCUGGCUAAGGUUGAAGAUGAGAUCCAGACCCUGUCCCAGGUGCUGGCAGCCAAAGAAAAGCAGCUUGCAGACAUUAAGAGGAGACUGGGCAUCACUCCUUUAAAUGAGCUGAAACAGAACAUCACCAAAACCUGGCAGGAAGUCACCACUUCCACAGCCUAUCGGAGGACAUCUGAAACUCUAUCUCAGGCCAGUCUGAAAGCCACAGCGGCCUUCUCCAACAUGGGCUCAGCCAUUAGCAAGAAGCUGGAGGAUGUCAGGAAUGCACCAACUUUCAAGACUUUGGAGGAGAAAGUGGAGACACUGAAGACUAAGAUCACCCCAGCAGGAUCCACCAGUGCUCCCAGUAACCAGGACGACGGUGUCCCUGAAACCACUGAGUCUCUGAUCAGCCAACCAGAGGACCCUCCCUCUCAGGACGCACCCAUGCAAUGAGACUUGACCUCACCUCUUCUCCCUCAGUUUCCCCCCCUCUUUAAACCUUCUGACCCCGCCACCCUGUCUAGUCUAACUCUUGUGUUGGUCUCCCUUACUGGAAACAAACACCUUCCCAGUAUUCUGUGGCCGCUGUCCUCUCUGGACAUGUGGAAACUAAAACCAGGGGAUGGGUUCAGGCACAUGUUCUCCUGUCUUUUGGUGUAUGUAGUUGGUUCAUGCUCAGUGUGCAAGAAAACAUCCUCCUUUCUUGUUGCACUCCUUUUUUCUUUGCCUUUUUUUUCUAACCAGAAAAGCUUGAAUGCCAAACAUGCUCCAGUGUACUUUAUUUUCUUUAUAAAAUUAACACUCGAGUGUAGAAAACUGCACAUUUAAAACAAUUGUACUUAAGAAGUCGAUUACAGAAGUAUAUUAAAUGUUGGAGUUAUUGUUAUUAAACCUGUGUGGUUUUGAAUUACUUUAUUCUUUAUUUUUUUGUUCUUAGGCCAAACUGUUCACCAGACUAAUGAUGUCUGAGGCGUGAAUAUUAAUGUUUAUGUGUCUUAAGCAGCGCUCUGAUUACUCUGCUUUCCGGGUUUGAUUCACUGUGUCAUAAGUAUGACUACUGACUGCAAGCUUCAUAUUCAAUCCUUCCCCAUGUCAUUGUAGCGACCCUGUCAGAACCCCCCCCCCAUCACUACCAUUAACACCCCCUGUGCUUGGAAAGCUGCAGGAAAAGAGCCAAGAUCAGCAGAACAGCUCAGAGCAAACAUGGCGUCAAGGUCCAGCCUUGACCUGAGGUGACAGAGAAAUAAAUGCAGCCUCCACAGCCAGCCAGAGUCAAUAUUUAAACACUAGUGCAUUGUUUCUGCUAAAGCGGCAACACCCAACCUACCCAUGCUGCGUAGUACACAGCGCUGCCUGUAGUGUUUUUCUUUUAUUUCAUUGAUGGGAGAAAAAAAAAAAAAAACAGCUUUAUUGAUCAAUUGUUGGCAAGCUGCAGAGUUUUAUAGUAUUCUUAGAGAAAUGCUGCUUUUGCAUUCAUCAAAUCCAUCUUCUAAAUGCAAAAACUCUUUAAGCUGUUAUUUUGGCUUUACAGCCUCAUGCUGCUUUCUUUCGAUUAUAUGCUGGAAGCAAUAACACUUUAUAUGAUUCGAUUUCAAACAGUGAAAAUGAUCAAUAAAACCCAAAUAGAGCCGAGUUGAACUAAAAGGACACAAUUAUUUCUACAGGUCCAAGCUGGUACAAGGUUCCCCUCUGCUGAUGGAUAACAGGUAUUGCAAAAAUCAGCUCCCACUGUCAGUAUAACUCAUUAGUGAUACUGCUUGCUGUAAAGACUGUGGAUUAGGAAGACAUGUUGUGUUGAUAUGUCUUUUUUUCUUUGGUUGUUAUCAAUAAAGAGUCUCAAGUUUUC